GCGAAUAACUAACGUAGCCAACACGUUACAUUCCGAAGCAACAAACCGAAAGUAGAAUAGAACUAUAGAAAAUAAAAAAAAACAUAAACAUGCAAAAUUUAAUACAGAGCCCUGCUCUGCUUUCGAUCCUAAAGUAUCCGCUUCCGAAUUUUCACAAUCCAGUUAAAAGCGUUGAAGAACGUGAUGCUGGGGUGAAAAGUGUUGGCAGCGGAGUUUUUCCGCUCAAUGCCAAUGCUUGUGUCUUUGUGCCACGCUCUGUGGCAGUCAAGGCAGAUGAAGACAUUGCCCCAGUGGAUCUCGAACAGCUUAAGCGUCAUUUUGAGUCCAAGGAUGUGAAGCAGCAGAAGACAAAGUUGACAUUGCCUUGGAAGGGAUUUCCAAAGCGACCAGAUAAAGCAGCUAAUCCCACCCACGUUACGGCGAAGAUAAACGAAGAUUACGCCUUCGAAAUUAAGUCUGGCGGCAAGCGAGCCAAAAGAGAGAUUGCCAGCGCGGAGGAGAAACCUAAAAAAGUCCCCGCAGAAGAGGCCAAAACUGAAGCAGUCACUGUGGCUUCCGUAGAUCUAACUCUGGAGGAAAAGCGACUCGAGCACGGAAGAAAAAUCGCCUUGGAGGCCCUCAAAUUGGUGGAGCAGCGACGCUUGCGCGGACCCUUCGUUGACCCUUCUAAGAAAGCGGAGGCUGGAGAGGUCAUCCGCCAUAUAUCGCAUUCGCCAGUGCGAUUCACUCCAGAGGAGAGGGUGCGCGUGGAUAAGCUGCGUGCGGCCAAGAAGGAGAGAAUCGAAAGAGUCCUGAAAGAGAUGACGCAGAAAAAGAAGAAGCCCUUACAGCAGAAGCCCCAAAAGGAGAAGACAUAUCAAGAGAAGUGCCAAAACGAGCCAACGUUAAAUCAAGUGAUGAAGAUUGAUAGCGACCAGCUACAAAAGGAUAUCCAAUUUGAGAUAUUCAAGCUGAAUCAGCUUAACGAGGCGCUAAAACAGGAAAAGUUACAUAACGAGAUGAUGCAAGAGAAGAUGUUGAAACGGGAGAGUCUCCAGCAGGAGAUGUGUCAACAGGUGCAGCAGGAGAAGCCGCCGCCUCAGAGGAUGAUCCAGAAGCGAUACUUUGGCCUUCAACGGGCAACAGCGAUCAUCAAUCCACAGUUGAAGACUGCGGUGGAUCCAGUGGUGCAGUCAGAGGUCAAAAUUGAGGUAAAGCCCGAGGUGAAAACUGAGCCAAAGCUUGAGGUUAACACUGAGGCAAAGUCUGAGCCGGUGGCGAACCUGCCCGCCAGACGUUACAUCCCCACAACCAAGGAGUGGGAUGAAAAAUGUCGUACACGCCAACUGGAACGGCUGAAGGCUUCCGACAAGGAGAAUGAUAAGUCAAAAUCAAACCCCAAUGCAACUUUGACCGCCAACAAACCGGUAUUGUGGCGCGCCGACAGCAAUCGACCUUUGACAGUGUCCAACUCGGCCAAAAACUUACCAGAAAUGAUCAAAUUUGAAAACCCGACAGUAGCUGUAGUCAUACCACGCUACAUUCCACCCAUUCCCAUUGUCGAAACAGCCGAUUGUGUUUUGGCACGACUGCUCCAGACAGAGAAGCGUCGUGGCAAUCUCACCUAUGCCCAGGCCCUGCUUAGUCGCCCGCCCGUACAGUUCGAGCCAUCGUCGGAAAGUUAUCCGCUCGAUAACAUCAUACGCUACACCGCAGAGGAGCUGCUGAUGUUGGAGCCACAACCAGAACAAUUGCAGACACCGAUCCUCCUUGGGACUUCUACAGGGUUGGGAUGUCUCUUCGAAUAAUGGCGAUCGAAAUCUCAAUUUGAAGGGAGCCUGUGCCUGUGCCUGUCCCUUCAACAGCAGGCCCUUCCUGCCGACACUGCUUAUAAAAUAUGUUUCGGUUUUGUUCAUAAGUUUGCUGACAUUUUGAUGAUUUUUCUUAAUUUUCCCCUCAUUUGCAUUUGCAUUUGCAUUUUACAUUUCCGUUGACGAUGACAUUUGCGUCCGAUUCCCUUUGAGUUUGUAUAAAAUUAGGGAAAAAUGCAGCUAUAUAAUGUAAUAAUAAUAAACACAAUUGCAA